UCGAUUGAAAUGUGUACGUAAAAGUUUUUUAUUCAUCUUGUGGUGCUUUAACACACAAGAAAUUUAUCUUAAGCAGUGUUGAAUAGAGGUAAUAUAUUCAGAAAGCGUCUGAAGCUGAACCUGUAACUGUCCACUGACGCAGCAUUGUAGCGUGGACCAGCCAGUUCCAGAUCUUGACAGUGGUAAAAUGUCGUGGUCUCACCUGUAAGACAGAGGGUAAGUUCAGGGCAAAGAUCAAGUUCCCACCGACUGUCUAGAGUAAGAUGGAAAUAGAACAACAGGACUGUGUUACCUCAGACCAGACUGUUCCAGAUUCACCAAAAUCCCAACAAGAAGCAGGGAACUCGGAUGUGAUGAUCCAAAAUGAAAAUGGACUGUUGGAUAAGAAUAUGGAAGCUGAGUCCCCAAUGCAGAGAGUCAGUGAUGAUGUUUCUGCAAACACCAUCCAAUGUGAGACCUCGUCACUUGUGACAAGUGACACUGGCAAGGAAGAAAAUGUUCCAGAUGUGGUAAACACAAUUUCAGAAAUAGUGGAUCCUAACUUGGAAGUGUCAACAGAUCCUGUAGAUGAUGGUCUUAUAAACGAAAUAGCAAAGAAGGUGGACACUGAGGACAGAAUGACUUUCUGCAUUGAGAAACCAGCUGAAACUCUCUUGCCCGUCACGUCCCAAGGAGAGAAAGUGGAGGAGGUCCUAGUCGUGCAUCCUGUGUGUGCUUUUGCUCGCCCACUUAACAUGGAGUUUGAUUUAUUAGAGGAGACAGAUGUCAUGUCUGAGCUUGCUAAGGAAGUCCAACUUAAAGUGAAUGAUGCACAGGUGAAUUCAGCAUCCGGUGAUGAUUCUGCAACAGCAUCUAUUGAAGAAGAGAAAGGAGAUAAGACACCAUCAAGUGAAGAAGAUAAAGUGAAUGAAAACUCUGGAGAAGGUUUAGUUGAUGAAGGUAUUGCUCCUGUUGUAGAACAAGUGGUUAGAAGAAGUCAGAGGGUAUAUAAUUCUUUAGUGGGGCCUGACUAUGCGGUGAAAGUUGUGGCACCACUUCCACUUUACAAAAAAAGUACACUUCCUGCAGACACUUCAUUGGUGCAGAGUGGAAGAAGACCAAAGCAGGUAGCUGCUUUGAAAACCAAAAAAAGUCAACUAAAGACUGGCAGAAGGUCACUAUCUGUUAAGACAGAUAUGAGCAGAAGGACACCAGUGCGUGAAGAAAGUUUAAAAAUGUGUAAUCCUACAACAUCUCGUGCUUCAAGUGUAGUUUCAUCAGUAUACCGUAAAGAUGGAAAAGGUGUUAAAAAACUGCCAAAGUUUUUGUCUCAGUUCAGUGUGAAUUCAAAGGGUGGUGAGAAAAUGGAUGUUAAGAAGACACUCCCUAAAAACAGAUGUAACACAAGCUUAACUGAUGCAGAAUCCGUGAGAUGUUCAACACCUGAUAAACCUUUACAAAAGUCAGCUUCCACAGCAAGUUUGAUUAGAAAACUGAAGAUGAAGGAUGGAAGUGAGGUUCCAACUCCUAGGCGCAGUCAGAGAAUUUAUAACUCGUUAAAUGGACCUGAGGAAGCAGUGAAUGUUAUCACAUCCACAACCCGAAACUAUAGGCCCAAUGAUGAGGUGGUGUACAACUCCUUGGUGGGAGAAGAAAGGGACGUCAAGCUGGAAAUCCCAAACAUAAGGAAGAGAAUCAUUAAGAAGCCAAAACCAGCAGACGAAAUGAAAAAGACAAAGAUGUCUUCUGAUGAGGAAGCUAAACCCACUCAAGGCUAUAGCAAGUUUGAUGGUUCACUGCUGGCAGAGUCUCAUUCAGGAAUACCACUAGCUACCCGUAUAGCUCAUGAAUUUUCCCAAACAGCAGACACAAGUGUGAAAAAAAGAUCCACACGCUCUCAGUCCAAAACAGGGGAGAAGGAACAGCCAGAAGAAGACAGUGGUGACAAAAUUAAUAAAGACUCUAAUACAUCUGGUACCCCUCCCACAGAAUCUGGGAUCAAUGAGGCCAGUGUUCUAGUCGCCUCCUCUUACUAUACCACCAAGAGGGGCACCCAAACACAAGUCACUUAUUCAACACCAUCUACACUUUCCUGUUCAACAGCUUCAAAGAAAAGGCCUGCAAUGUCUGCCUCUGUCCAAAAGGGUGGCUCCACACAGAGGAAGCAGAACCUUGAGUUAGGUAGUAGGCCAAGUUCAGCAACCUCGAGAACUUCAGUAGCUUCAGAGAGGUCUUUGAGGUCCUCCACAAAGACAGUUAAGGAUUCUGUGGACCCUGAAAAAAGCAGUACUCAGCAGAUGGAAGAGUCAACUGUUACAAAAACAGCUUCACUGAAAAAGUCCAGAUCAAGCAGCAAACUUAACUAACAAGAACUUAUAAAAGCCAGUGCUUUUAAUGGUGGCUUUUGUGGCAUUUCAAGUGGCAUGUUUUAUACUAAUAUCUGAAAAAGUUUUAAGCUUCUUUUUUUUUUCAAAGAACUGCAACAGUUUUAAUAACAUCGUUGAAAAGAAUAUUCAGGUAGGUUUACCCUAAGAUAUGUAGAAUGAAAAGAAGAUAACAUUACACCAAUCCAAAGUAUUGCAAACAAAAAUAAAAUGAAAACCGGAGGGUACAUGUAUAUAUCUUUGGUAAAUAUAUUGAUGUUCAUGUACAUUCAUUACCCCCAGAAAAUUCAGAAAUAAAAUUGAUGUGUUUA